UGUGCCAGGUUCUUGUGAGUCGAGGAACAGGAAAAAACUUUUUUUCUGCAUUCUACGCCUAGUUAGUUUAAUGUGUGUACUUCCACAGAAGCAUUAUUACUGGGUAAAGUAAAAUAGGGUGCGAAAGUUUAGGAGAAUCGUCCGGAAUCCGCUAGUUUGAUUGGAAAAGCACGGGAAAAAGUAGCGGAAAAAUCGCGACUCGCGACGACAGCAAAGUGUGGCCCGUGCGUAGUGUAGACGGACUGUAGUGCGGUGCGGUAAAAAAGAUGUCUUCUGUCCUGCUGCAUGAAGCCUCAACAGCAACGGCAUCGCUUGAACUGCCAAAUGGGAGUCCCGGAAAUUCUGUCCUGCAGCCCGUCUGCAACGAGGACACUCUCUAUUGGCAGCAAGCGCUGGAAGCAUUAGCACAGAAGGCGAUUGUUGGCGAUACAAUGGAUGCUGCUGCGAAAAAGAAAAAGAAGCAGCCUUCAGCACUGGAGGAAGAACAACAUAAGGAUGGGAAGCAGCAGUCAAGUGUUGGCAGUAGUCCGUGUCCAGCAGUGGCCACCGUUUCAAGUAAUGAUUGUGACGAAGAGGUUACUGCUGAAAGCGAGGAAACGGAAGAGAACUGCCAGGCUAGCGGUACAAACGAUCCGGAAGCCGAGGAAGAGGAGCAGCACGAUUGCAAACUCUUCCGGCUGAGCUGCUGCUGUGCGCCCUGUCUAAACCAUCGGGAAACUAUUAUACAACUGUUUGUAGAGGACUUUGAAUACAAUACGCUAUGGGAAAGGUUGCAGUUACUGAUAAAGAAAUUCUAUGAUUUCAUACCGGAACAAGACGACUCGCAGUUGUAUAGCCGCUACAUGCAGCUGAUGGAUAAGUCGUCGCUCAAAUGGUUAACCGAUGGACGGAUCAAUACGAAGAAAAACAUACAGAUAUCGCUCGGUUCCAAUUUGCCCCUGUCGAACGAGAUGACGUUUAUUCUGGUGUUUAGCAUGCUCUACACGCGGGAUCCGCAUCAGCUGUUCGAGUUGCUCUGUUUGCAGCUGCGGUCGAUUGUGCGGGCCUACAGUCAGGGUCUUCAGGAUUUGAUCAUUGAGUCGAGUGAUGGAGAAUUGCAAUAUAAUCCCUCGGAGUUGCUCAAUUAUAUUCUCGAUGGUUACGAUAAGCUUUGCCAUUCGGCAAACUCAUUGUCUCCACUGUUAUUUGAGCUACAACGAGGUCACUUGCAACAAUUUUCACUAACGUGGUGUUUGAUUAAUAAACGUAUGUAUCAACGGUUUGUCUAUCUUGAGGUGCAAAAGAUCGUGCCUGAGUGCAUACUAAAGCUAAAAGAACUUCUGUUUGAGGACGAAUAUAAAACAAUGGUGUGCCGCUUUAUUCAAUUUGACGACGAGAUGAAUUCUACAUCGCAGAUGUGGCGUGACGUUUGGUCGCUAUUGCAUGAUUAUCAUAAGGCGAAGGAAGAUUCUGCCCGAAGAAAGCGGAUCAGUUCAGCUCAUUCUUUGCUGCUCGCUGUGAAGGAGUCGGAGUUUAACUUGUGCCCAGAAAUUUUAUUGCAAAAAGAACGACCUAUCAUAGAGUGGCUUUCGCUAGAUGAUCGAAACCUAUUGUGGCAUUAUGUGGUUUACAAUUUGAAGGCCAAAUGGGUUGCUUGUACGAAUCCGAGAUUGACUGCUUCCAUCCAGAACAUUCAGUGUCGAAAAUGUAACUUCGCUUUGGCAACGCAUUACGUGGCAUGUGACUGUCGUACUUGUGUGAUUGCUGGUGGCACUUGUCUGGGUAUAUCCAAGGAGCAGCUGUAUUGCGCUAAAUGUUCAUUCUUUAAAAAGUUGGAUCGAGACUAUCUAGACUAUCUUGGCGAAUUCUUUAACAAACCCCUUGGCGAGAAACAAUUGCAAGAACGGAAGCAGCUUAACGGUAUGGCCAGUUCAUCACAGUCGUCUUCUGGGUCAAGUUCAAGAAACGAAAUUCCUUUAUCCGAUUUAUCUGAGGGCCAGGCAGGGCGUGCAGAUGCAUCAUCUGGGACAAAAGAUGGGUCCAGUUCGUCUGUUGUUGCUACCACUGCUUCUAUGAACGUGGGCUCGAUCGAUAACACUAGUCUCUAUCACAUUUCUUGGGCCAUUUUUAAGCAUUUGCCGGAACGAAGUGCGUACACGUGGACAACCCUUGAACCUAAAAGAUUUUGCAUUUUCCAGGGUGAACCAUGCAAGAUAAAUGCAUGUCGUGUAGCAAUCAACAUAAUCGCUAUGCUAUACCCGUUGAACUUGUCGAAAUUUCUUAUAAAAUCCUACCAUCCCCUUAAGGAAGAGGAGCGCAGAAAGAUGGCCGAGAAUUGGAACAUAGAUGUAAAGAAUUUUAUGCAGCGGUUCUGCGAUGACAUCAACAAACGUUGGCGAACGGAAGUUGCCGAUCGGAUCCAUCCGUUGCAUUUCCUGGAUCUACUCUGGGAAUCCGACGAUUCCGAAUCGACUCUGCUGAGUGAUAUGGCAUCGGCGUUCGCUGAAUGGUUUCUGAUUGAUUUCCAAUUCCCGCAACGUAAUGUUAUCUAUCAGUAUUUCACCAAGUUCUUUUUGGCGAAAGGUACCGAUAUUGAGUUUGACAUGAAGUGCUUCGAAAGUGUUAGCGGUUCUCGUUUAUUUAACUGGAGUACACCUGCGUCUCCGUUACGGCAAAUGAUUGCCGAUGAUAUGCAAAGCAAGUUGCUGGGUGUCAACUGGAGUACGAUUCUACCGGAAGAAGCCUUGGCGGCUAUCAACGGUGAUGACAUAGCGGCGGCAUCUGCGACAUUAGAAGUUGUUCCUCCGGGAAGUGUUCUGCUGGCGGCGACCACCACGGCUGUGAUGGAUCCAAUCGUGAAGCUUUGCACCGACGAUGGUACCAUUUGUAAGGAUUGCAAAGAAUGCUUCACUGAUACGGUUGACAAAUCGGAAAUUUUUGAAAAAGAAAUUAAAAAACCAUUAGUCGAGGCACUUAAACUGGCAGCAAGCAAUAAAAUACUUGAAACGGAGCUUAAAACACUUCAAAAAGAGCACAGUAUGUUAAAAGACAUGGUUCGAGAUUUGGAGCAGAUCCAUGAGCAGAAGCACAGCUCUGUUAGAGAGCCGUGUAAAGUGGACAGCAGCUGUACUAGCAAUAGCAACGACGGUAACCCUAAUCACGGAUGUAAUGCUACAAGCAACAACAUUAAACCAAUUAAUACAGUUAAAAGCAAUGGCGUUAGUGAAACCGCUAAUAAUGCAGUCCCGAAGGCUACCGUUUCCAAUGGCGGAAGUGGGUCUCAAGUGGCUGUCCCAAGUGGUAGCGCUUCGACGUCAGGUGCAAAACCAACUGUUAACAGCCCUGCGAAGACUAUGUUGAAUCAAGCAACCAAUACUCCAUCCAAGCCUGCAACUCUACAACAACAGGCUGCUGCAAAAACUACUCAACUGGGGACGUCUUCCAAGGCUGCGCCAGUCGGGACAAAUCCUUCAGUGGCUGCAAACGUCACCGGAAAGGUUAGCACUAAAUCAACCAGUACUCAAGCUGUUGCUGCUACUGGAGGAACAGCUACAUUGCCACCAGCUGCGACCCCCUCUACGAGUACCAGUGGCAGUGGCAGCAAUGCACAUGUUAUCCAAUCUAAGGAAGAACAUAAGAAAACCUGUCAUCGUGGUGGUGCUACCGGAAGCGAAAAGGGCGACGGGUCCUGCGUGUGCUACUACUGUACACUCUUUGGGCAAAGUGUUUGUUUGGAGUGCAAUCAUAAUCAGCGAACGAACGAAACGCGCGAUCGAUUGCGAAAGAAAAUAAAACAGCUGCAAAGUAACAAGGAUAACCAGCAGCUCAAAUCUCUAAAUCUGAAAAACAUCAAGAUACCGCCGGGAGGUCUGCUGAAAAAAAUCAAUACCAACAAGAGCAAUUCGACGAAUGCGGUCACUAACAACGGUGCCAAUGGUUCUAGCUCGACAGUUCCUACCAUCACUAAGGAGUCGAUUACGUCCAAGGUGGAAGCAAUGAAGAACAGUAACCAGAAGAUGCCGCUGGCAAACUCGGCAGCGGCUGCUGGUUUAGCGACAUCCAACGCCAAGAUUCCGAUGGUGACUGCUCCCAUGUCGAUAGCGAAAAGCAAUUUAGCGGGCGCAAAAGGUGCUGCAAGUGGAAAGGAAAAUGUUCAAAAUUUGCCAUCCCAGCAGCAGCACCAAAAGUCUGCCGCUCAAAGCAUGCUAAAGAAUCCACCACCGCCGCCAGUGGUCGAGGAAAAGUCGCUCGAUGAUAUUCUACGGUUUAUCGAGGGCGACGAUGACGAUAAGAAUGCGAAUAAUAAGAAAGCAGCCAAAAAAGUCAAACAAAAACAAAAGAAGCAAGAGCUGAAGAAAAUAACCGAAUUGGGAGAGCUAAGUCAAAAAUUUUCCGAAUUUCAUAUGGAAGAGCAAAAAGCUCAGAAAAGGUUGCAGUUUCAGCAGAAUCUAAAAAAGAAAGACAAAAAACAGCUACUGGAAGAUAUUAGGGCGUUCGAGGCGAAAAAGGUGCAACUGCAAACAGAUAUCAGUAGUCUUGUGUCGAGCAUUAAAGACAACAAUCCUGAGUUCAGCUUUAAACUGGAUGGAAGCGCAGAUCAAACCGUUGAAAAGGCACCGGUUUCAAAGGGUAAACACGAACAACCGGCAGUAAAGCAGCCGAAGUCAGUUGCCCCAGCAGUUGAGAAACAGCAGCAGAUGCCUGCCAAACUGCAGCAGAACAUUAAUCUUUUACAGCAGCAGAAGCAACGCCAGCAGCAGCAGCUUCUCCAACAGCAUCAGCAAUCCCCACAACAUCCGCAACAGCCACAACAUCCGCAACAGCCACAACAUCCGCAACAGCCACAACAUCCGCAACAGCCACAACAACAUUCGCCAGACAACGUUAGUGUAGACUCAAUGCGAAGAAUGGUAACCAUAAAGCGAACCUUUCUGCCACAUGCAGAACCACAGGUUACCGUUACCGCUAAGGGACCUUCUCCCGACAAGGAUCAGUUGCUGUACACGUUCAUUAAUGGUCAGUUAGUGCCACCAGAGCCAGCUACUGCUUCAUCUAGCCGCAAAAAUAGUGGUUCGCAAACGGUAGGCAAAAAACAGCACCAACAACAGCAACAGCAACAGCAGCAGCAACAACAACAACAACAACAACAACAGCAACAACAACAACAACAACAGCAACAGCAAGAAAUUCAAAAUCAGCUAAGCCGAAUGAAGAUGAAGAUGGCAUUCAAUGAUGCCAAGCAAAUCAGUGACAUGAUUGUUAAGAGUCAGUUUACGAACGAUACUGACGUUUGGAUUACGGAACGUUUGCUCAAGCUCAGCCUGAAAGAACAGUCACAACAGCAACAGUCGAUGCGGGAGAUAGAUGAACUGAUGCAAAAGAUACAGCUGCAGCAGAAUGGCAACGCGGAUCGGAAAAAGAACGCUGGCGACAUCAUGCAGCUGGCAAAACGGCUGUCGGAAAAGUUGGCUCAGAUCAGGAGCAAAGCGAAGACCUCCGUUAGUGAAGCACAAGCGAAGGCCGCUUCGCAAAUGUUGCAGAAGAUCGUGCAGAAAUUAGAAAUGGAAUCUAAUGGAGCAAGCGGUGCAGACGACGAGGGCUCUAAGAAAAAGAAGAAGAAAAAGAAGCAGGAUAAGGUUGCGGACGAGAUCGAUGAGAUUGAUAAAAUUAUUGCCUGGCUUGACGAGUUUCAAGUCGGAACGGAGCAAAAGAAAACGGACAAAAAGCCACCGGCAGAAAAAAAAUUAGGUAAAGUUUUAAACCGCAAGCUUAGCAAAGAAUCAAUCAGUUCCAGUGGCAGUGUUCAGAAAAUUAAGGACACUAAGGACCUUAAGGGAAAGGCAAAAGCUAGACCUGACGAAGUCAAGGAACCAUUGAAGAAGGACAAAGAAACACCACAGAAGAAAUCGUUGCCUCGCAAGAAAAGCGAGGUCUACAUCGAUCCGGAGUUUGACAAUAACGCAUUCAAGCUACUGAAUUUGGACGAUACCGAGUCGGGUGAUGAGGAAGAAUAUGAUUUGCAGGAAAAUCCGCCAGCUGAAUCUGAGAUUACGGAACGACCGAAGUCGCCAGUAAGGUCACCAACACCUCCCUCACCGAAAAUUGAGCCACCGAAGCGACCGCCGACACCUCCUGCUCCAGUGCCGCCGGUUAUAGCCAGUAGCAAAAAACUUACUAAAAAGAAAAAUGAAAAACCGAAAGAGCCCCCUAAGGUUCAGCCUGUUGCUGUGAACAAGGAGGUUAAACAAAUCAAAACUAAAGAAAAUUCUAUCCCGCCAUCGGUACAAACCGUUUCAAAAAAUCCGAAAAACAACUUCGGAAAUGCUGCAAAUAUACAAUCGUCCAGUGUUAGAAAACCGGUCGCUACGGUCUCAACUGCAACUGUACAACCUCCAGACAAACCAGGACAAGACAAUUCGACCAUGUCUAAACGUAAAAAGAAGCUUCUUCAAAAGCAGCAGGAACAGCAGUCUAAGCCGAAUAUGCAAUCCAAACAGCAGAAGAAACAGACACAGCAACAACCACAACUUAAUUCAGCCAACGUUCGACAUAUUGACAAAGCAAUCAAAACCGCCGAUCGUUUGGUAAAAUCACCGAACGAUCGACGGUCGAAGGUGAAUAUCGGUGUUGACACGACGUUGGAACUGAUAGGCGAACCAGGUAUUCCACCGUCGCAACCAACAGGUAGAAUAGGUGGCCUACCGCAAAAGAUUCCUUAUAGCUUUGCACCAGGCGAUACGGCAUUCGGGAUAAGUAUAAUGGACCAGUUAAGCCGAGGAAUACGAGUUGAAGGGCUGCAGUUGCCUCCGGGCAUCACGCUUACGCGUGUUGAUGGAGCGCAAGCGGAAGCCAUUAAAGCCAAACGUGACUCGAUCAAGAAGAUUUGUGAGCCAAUGCAAACCAUUCAACCGGAACAAGCGGUACCGCCAGUUCCGGCUCAGAUGAUGAUGGGCGCACCCGGUAGUGUUGCACCUGGUAUGUUCAUGAUGAACCCAACGAUGGCUCAGUCGGCUUCCUCAGGCCAAGAUGCUGUCAUUAUGGUCGACACUAAUAAGCUGAAGGGAAAUUCCGCUGGUGAUAAUGAGAAAAAAUCGAGCAAAAGAAACAAACGGAAGAAUAGGAGCAAAAACAAACAAGACCCUUCGAAGGAUGGCCAUUCGAGAUCGGAUGGCGGUAAAAAUUCGAAGAAUGGUAACAGCUUUGUGACUCUCCGCAAUCCGAUGUUUCAAAAUGCUCCGCAACGGGGUGGUUCUGUUCCAAACGAUCCGGGGGCUACCAGUACCCGUUCAACGCUAGGAUACGAUCAGCCUGCAACCAUUUUCAAGAACGAUAAUGGAAUGUUUACCAUCCGCAAUCCAGCUUUGCAUCAGGCCUUAUCCGGAGGUGUGCCGCCUUCGACCAGUGGAUUCAGACCAUUCAAUACCAACUAUUUGGUCGAGAAUGGAAUUUAUCCGCCGACUGGAGCGUCUAACGCAACGACGGCAAACUAUCUUCAACAGCAGCAGCAUCAGCAGCAACAGCAUCUUGCCGGAAAUUUAAUGCCAGCAGCAGGGUCGAGUAAUUCGAAUGCAUUUUCACCGGCAAUAGAACCACCUCGCAAGUGCAGUUCCGUCAUAGGCAGUGAGAUGAAGAAUGCUCAGAAACAGAAGCAACAACAGCAACAUCAACAUCCACACGCCCUUCAUGGUUCGUGGCAUCAGCUAAAUGGGGGUGCCGGUACUGUUCCACCGCCGGCCACUGAUUUGUAUAAUCCGCUCACGCUUGGACCGAAUCCGAAUCAGCGAUGCUACUCACCUUUUGAAAGUUUGCAGUACGGGUUGACCGGAAGCCAGGAUUAUAUGAAUCCGCAGAGUCCGUCGGCUGGCUAUUAUCCACUUAGCUCUCCUUCAACUAUGAAUGCAAUCGGAUCUGAGCGGUCACAAGCAAGAGCGCAUGCUGCCGCUGCUAUGUCCUCCACGGUCAACAACCCUAGCUGUCGAAGGCUAUUUGGCGCGGCUGGUGCUGGUGCACAAUCUUGUGACGAUCCGUCGGGUCCUUUCUACGAUGGGAUUGCUGGUGGUCCAUCAAAUCAUAAAUAUGAUGAUUUGUCUUUUUUGCAAAAUCUGCAACCUGGUCAAAGGUUGAAUAGUGAGGUAACAAUCCACAACAUUAACGAAUCUAAGUUUUUGCGUCAGCAGGGACAAAAUUUGGCCAACGACAUAGAGAUUACACGAAUACCAGCCCCAGGAAGCGCCGUCUCAUCAUCUGGUUUUAAUCAUCCACCACAGCCAACCAUACCGCAUCCGUUGCUAAUGUCACCGGCUGGUUCAACGAUAAGCAACGAAGCGACUCCAGCUGUUUCGAUUCCAGGCGGAAUUUCGCCAAGCGCUGCGAAUGCGGCUUCAACGGUAAAUCUCCUCGCACUGAACGAUAUUGAAACCACACUAUUUUUGCAAAAAUACCAUCAACAGCAAAUGCAAUUGCAGCAUCAGUUACAUCAACAAAUGCAGCAACUCCAGCUACAACCCUUGAGUCGCCAGCAGCAGCAGCAGCUAAUUGGAGAAUUCGGAGAAAAUAUCUUCGCUCCGAAUCAAAUGGUCAAUCUAAACGAGUUGGAAUCGGAGGAACGUGAUAUUGAAUCAUUCAAACGGUUCAAUUAUUACUUCGAUCCGCCAAAGAAUAAGCCUAAAAUCAAUCUGAAUGUAAAGGAUAUUGUGGCGAAUAAUAAAAAGCCGGCUAGUGGCACUGCCUGCACCAACCACAAUGUUUCCAGCGGCGGUGGCAGCAGCAGCAGCAGUAGUAUCAGUAACGAUAACAACCCUGGUGGUGUGAGCAUAAGCGAAGAUAUACAACCGAUUCGGCCACAGGCACCUAUCGGGACACCUUCUCAGAAAGGUCUUCAUCAGCAACAGAGUACACCUGUGUCGUCCGUCGGUACGGGAGUCUCUACGAUGCUCUACCCGGCAACCUCGGACAGCCCGGCCUCAUCGGCGUCAAUCUUCGAUGGAAUCUCGUCGUCGAUGAGUAGCCACGCGCACUCUUGUGAUGAUUUGUACAACGAUUUGCUCACCUCGACGGGCAAUCUGAGUUUGAAUUUGAAUUUGAACCUUACCCAGCUGCAGCAGUCCAACUCGGAUCCCAUAGCAUACGAUAAUUUUGGCGUGGGUGGCGGGGCACCCAGUUUGAGCAGCAUUGGUAGUUCUUCCACCGGUGGAGGCGGAGGGACGAAACCCUCGGCUAAUGAGCUGUCUCAAAGUAUUAUCAGCAAUUGAAAAUGUGAUCAGUAGGAAAAGUUCCUACCCGGUUCAGGUUUGAAAUAACAGUGCUAAGCGCUAAGAUGCUCACGUAACAAAAUGAAAUCAACAAAUCUACAUUUUACCAUAUUGUCAAAGUUGCCUUCAAACAGAAGUGCCAUAGAUUUCCUUCCCAAAAAAAGAAAACAAACAACACAGACACAGUUAAUCGUCGAAUGCACGAGCAAACCUGCAUCAGGUAUUGGGAACAUCCUGCUAACCAAUGGGUCAACAAUUGCACACAACAGAAAUUUCGACUGCCACUACAUAAAAUGGAUCCACGAUGCCCCAUCCAGGCAAGAAGGGGCCCAAUGUGUCACAGACUAGUAAGAUUUAGUAUCUUCAAACAAAAAAAAAAAGAAAAUGUUAAAGCUUGUCCCCUCCCACGAGAGGUUAAACAGUACAGCAGUAAUCGUCGGUCAAACGAAUCUAUUAAACAA